CUCGCCCGAGAGUGAGGAGUGGAGCGCUCAAUAUUAUUCCGCCCCGCUCCGUCAUUGAGCGCCCCACUCUUGGCCGUUGCAGUUUCAGUUCCACACUGAUAAGUCAUGGCCUCGACUUAGCCGACCGGUGAAAAGAAGUUUAACUGAAACAAAAUGUUUAAAAUUUCUUCUUAUUACAUAUAUACGUGAUUAAUGAACUUUAGAUGAUUAUUAAGAGAAAAGAAAAAGAAUGGUUGCAGUGUUAUUUAUGCUUUGAUGAGGCCAUUUAUAACACCAGCCUUUGCGAUAAUCCAAGGUAAAGGGGGCUGAAGCUCUGCAUGUUGAUGCUGUGAAGUGAUUGGCUGGGCGGAAGUGCCACGCCCUCGGAGCGCGGCGUCACAACAGGAAGUCCCUGUGCGAGGAAGUGGCGGUUACCGCCGCCUCGGCAUGGCGAUUCCGUCUGCCCUCCGGUGGUCCAUGUUGCGAGGUCGCAAUGUUCCGCGGAACGUUCAUGUCGCGAGUUGGAGCCCCUAGCCAUGCCGCCGCUGCAGGCGCCCAGCUGUGUCGCAGCCAGAACAGUGCCUCUGCCCCUCGACAGCAGCGGCAGAGGGGAUGUGUCGGAAGACGAAGGUGCGGAAUCGUCGAGCGGGACGAGGGGCGGAGAGAGGCACUGUGCCAUGAACAUCACCGUGGAGGAGGGUGCUUCGGGCAGUUGGGACGGAGCGCUCGAGAACGAGCUGCUGACUGCCAUCACCAGAGCCGUGGGGAGCAUCAGUCUGUCCGCCACCUCGCGAUCCACCGCCAAGGAUGAGGCCUUCGCCGGCGCCAAGCUCUGCCGUGGAAGUGAUCUGGCAGGCUCGGACGAGGACGAACGUGUUGCUGCCCUCGGCAGUGCUGUGGAGAACAUCUGCCUGUCUGCUCCUGUCCCGGACGAGACAGUCGAGACGACCGGCGAUGCCGAGCCCUGUCUCCGGGACGAUUCGGCAGACUCGGGCGAAGGCAGCGAGAGCGACGACUCGUCCAGCGAUGAAGAAGAAGAAGAAGGCGAGAAGAGGGGGGUGCGGAGUAACCUGACUAGAAGUCCCAUUAAAAGCCAUAAGGUUUUGUCGAAGGAUGGACAAGCGGGAGGCAAUGUGUACUACCAGAGACCUGCCCCUGACAACACACUGCGGUGGUCAAGCUACCACAGGAGGCUGCAGGGUUUCAUCAAUCACAACAAUGUGGGAAUCACAAAUUUCAACCCAGACACCACGAUUCUGUGGGGAGAUGAAGUUCAGAAGUGCCUCCAGGACUAUACAAACAAGGGGCCUGCAGAGCACUCGCGCUUCACUCAGGACUACCAGACGACGCUGUUUGGUCCCGUGUCUCCGGAGAGCAACGGUGGCAACCGCUCGCCGCCCCUCAGCGACUCCGGGGUGGGGUCGAUGCUGUCCCCCGCCUCGCCCUCGCGCACCGGCUCCCCUCCCCACCCCGUGCUCCCGGUCACGGCGCGCCAGGCCAUCGUCAACAGCAUCUCCCAGGACGAGAAGGAGGAGGCGUUGCUCAAGAUAAACAACGCCUCGAUGAGCAAGUUGAUGCGGGAGGACGACCCCGAUGGAGACACGAACCUGACCGUGCUGGUGCGGUCCUGGGAGAAGCACGGCCGCCCCUUGGCCUUGCUGUACGCCAUGGUGGAGCGGAUGAAGUUCGUGAAGAACGGCCUGUCUCGCAAGACGAAGGCGGGAGACUCCGCCCUGCGCCUGGCCGCGCUGUUUGCACACGCUGAUCCCCUGGUGGCGAAGUACAUAGCAGAGAUGAUGGUCUUGUGUGGAGAUGACAUCAACGAGGUUGACGCGCAGGGCAACACGGUGAUCCACAGCGUGUGCGCCAAGGGCGACCCCCACGCGGCCGUGCUGCGCGAGCUGCUCAGCGUGCCCCAGUUCAACGUGAACCUCGCCAACAAGCAAGGAGAGACACCGCUGGAGAUUGCAAUUGAAAAGGGUGCGACGGAGAUGGAGAGAUUGCUACUCAGGAGCGGAGGCUGGCUUAGCUCCGACUUAGACCAGGUUGCUCAGCACUUGCUCGAACAUUGGCCUGAGAGCAGUCACAACCUUAGUGGACUCCACGCAGGCGUGGCCAGUAGCGCCAGUGGACUCCACGCAGGCGUGGCCAGUAGCGCCAGUGGACUCCACGCAGGCGUGGCCAGUAGCGCCAGUGGACUCCACGCAGGCGUGGCCAGUAGCGCCAGUGGACUCCACGCAGGCGUGGCCAGUAGCGCCAGUGGACUCCACGCAGGCGUGGCCAGUAGCGCCAGUGGACUCCACGCGGGCGUGGCCAGUAGCGCCAGUGGACUCCACGCGGGCGUGGCCAGUAGCGCCAGUGGACUCCACGCGGGUGUGGCCAGUAGCGCCACUACUGCAUCUUGGACUCAUGGUUCUGACAACCUGGGCAAUCUGGCUUCUCUUAAUAAGUGUGAUCAUGGUCUAAGCCAUCCUUUAUUGUCCUUUUGUUUGAGAUAAUUUUUGUGUAUAUUUAUGUAGCAUGUAAUGUAAAUAGUUUUUCUAGCCUAUCUUAGAAGUUAAUUGACCAUUUGAAUAUGUUAAUCAAUUGGUUUUGGAGUGUGUCAUGUUUUUUUUAAAUGUUUAUUAUAAGGCUAAAUUUUAUUAAUGCAAUUAUUGCACAAAUUUUUUAAGUUUCUUAUAUAAUUUUUUGGAUGAGUUUAAGUGAAACUGUUUAGUGUCCAGCUAUACAGAUGUUAUAAUUUGUAAUAGAAACUUAAGUACAUUUUAUUUGUAUAAAAUAGGUUAUCCCUACAGAAUUAAUUUGUUUUAACUUGCUUACAUAGUCAUCCCAUGCCAUACACAGCUCACAAACUGUAGAUUUCAAUCAUAUGUAUAUUUUCACCACUUUACAUAGUUGUUAACAAUGCCUAGAAUUAUCUAUUUUUUACAUUGAGAAACCUAUUUUCCAUCUAAUGAAACAAAACAUUUUAUGUGAUUUCUUGGGACAUUAUAACUUCAAUGAUAUUUUUUCUUUAACAUGGAUGGAAUAUGUGUUUCCGAGUAGCAUUAGAGUAUGCUUUUUAUAGAAAACCAAAAGAAGUUCAUUAGAAAACCAAAAGAAGUUCAUCCUAUUGUUGGGCAGAGUAACUGCAGUAAAUAGGCAUGUUACAUGUCAAAUUUCAACUCAUUAUACCUGAGCGAUUGAGCAGUGAGAUUCAUUGUCUUAUCACAGUAUCAAUUAAGUAUGUAUAUAUUUACGUUAAGUAAUUUAAUUAUUUGAAUGUGUACUCUUAGACAUGAUAUCUAUUUCUUGAUACAGUGAAACCCCAUAUUUACGUUAACAGUAUUUACGUUUUCCCGUUAUUUACCUCCUUUGUUUUUGGCUCAAUUUAUUUUCCAUAAGGCGGGAUAUGUCGUUUUCACGCUUGUUAAGUCGGAAAAGUUUCUUAAUUCCCGUUAUGAACGCCUUGUUCAGUGUUUACAAACAUCGAAACAUGGCCGCCAUGGAAGAAAGAUACAUCAAAAGCUGCGUAUGUGAAUGCGUUUGCGUCGUGAACAGUGCAAGUAACCUUGCACUAUUCACAAUACUUCUAUUUCCUCAGCUUUCCGCUACGAGCGCUGGUAGUAUCAUUGUCUUUAGCGGUAAAUGUAUUUGACACAUCUUUAACUCUUUGUCGUUAUUAAUAUCUGUGAGAAAAUGGAGAAAGUGAAACAACGAAAAACUAUUACAGUUGCCGAUAAAAUUAAAAUAAUUGCCAAAUUCGACGAAUAUGUUGGAUCACGUGUGGACCUUGCGAAAGAACUUUCAAUCCCUGUGAGUACUCUUAGCACCAUCAUCAAAAGCCGAGAAACCAUCACUGCAAAUGCCGCGCAAUGUGGGCCAAGUGCUAAAAAACGUAAAUAUGUGAAGGACUCGAAAUUCAAACAGCUGGAAGAUAUUCUUCUUAAGUGGUUUUCUGGUGCACGUGCCGCAAAUUUACCAAUAAAUGGUACAAUACUGAGAGAAAAAGCACGUGUUAUUGCCUCUAGGCUGGGAAUUCAAGAUUUCUCAGCUUACAAUGGAUGGAUUGAUCGGUUUAAGCAGCGUCACAAUAUUGUUUACAAGGUGGUUUGUGGCGAAAGCAAAAAUGUGGAGGUGGAGACUGUGGAACAUUGGAAGGAAAAGCUACAGGAAAAAAUUGCUGGGUUCGACCCGAAAAAUGUUUUCAAUGCCGACGAAACAGGGUUGUUUUUCAAUGUUCUACCAGACAAAACCUUUAGUUUUAAAGGGGAAACAUGUCACGGAGGUAAGCUCAGCAAGCAACGGAUUACUGUGUUAUUGCUUACCAAUGCAGAUGAAAGUGAAAAAUUCCCCUUUAUGUCAUUGGCAAAGUGAGGAAACCUCGGUGUUUUAAAAACAUCAAGUCACUCCCAACAAAGUACGAAGCAAACACCAAAGCCUGGAUGACCAAUGCUUUGUUUCAGAACCAGUUGCAUGCAUUUGAUUCAAAAAUGGCUUUGCAAAAUAGGAAAGUUCUUCUUUUCAUAGAUCAGUGUUCUGCUCACAAAGCAACCAUCCAGCUUCGCAACACUGAUAUUGUUUUCUUCCCAGCAAACUGCACGAGUGAGCUACAGCCCCUUGACUUGAGUAUCAUUCAGGCAUUCAAUUUUUUGUACCGCAGAUACCUAGUUUCAAGGGCAGUAACAAUGCUUGAUGUUGGAAAAGACCCUUCUUUGAUGAAGAUAAAUCUGCUGACUGCAUUACAUUUUAGUGCAAGAGCCUGGAAAGAAGUGAAAACAUCAACAAUUCAAAACUGCUUUGCAAAAGCUGGAUUUGUGUUCCCAGAAAAGGCUUACACUCUCAGUGAAGAUGAUUACAGUGACAUUGAAGAUGUUGAAGGACAUGAGAGGGUGUUGCAGGAGAAAUUAUUUCAAGAUUACGUGGAUGUGGACAGUCAGGUGAUCACUUCGGAAGUGCAAUGUAUAGAAGAUAUUGUAGAAAACCAUGUCAGUACUUCUCAACAGGAUACUGAUGAAGAUGAUGAUGAUGAUGAUGAAGAAGUGACAACACCCACGAGUAAAGAUGCUCUUGCUGCUCUUCAAACUCUGCGAGACUACAUUGGAGUAUCUGCUGGUGAAAACUGUGAUGGUGUUUUUGAUAAUUUUUAUACUUUAGAGAAGCAGAUCAUGUGCAUGAACACUCAAAGAUGCAAGCAAACCAAGAUUUCUGAUUAUUUUACAAAGAAAUAGACCUAAGUUAGGCUUGAAAGUUUUUGCACAUAAGCCUACAAAACUUUUUUAUGGUAACAUUUUAUCAUGGCACACAUUGCUUCAAUGUUGUAUUCACACAAUUUUAUAAGUUAUAUGUUGUAAAUUUAUUUUUGUUUACAUAGGCCUAAGAAGGAUUUUUUUUUUAAAGAUAUUUCGUUCACUGUGUCUUUUUUUUGAUGUGUCUGACUACUGGAGUAAAAGGAGUGCAUUAAACCAGGUAUGUUACAUUUUAAAAAUAUGUUUCCCUGAAUUUACACUUUCCUGGUAUUUACACUUUUUGUCUCUGUUCCCCUGAAAAGUGUAAAUAAGGGGUUUCACUGUAUCUAUAUCAUGAUAUCUAUAUCAUGACUCCGUGAUAUCUAAUAAGUUAAAAAUCUGAAAAAUGUCACUCCGGGUAAAGGUUGAAUGUGCUUUGAUUGUGAAUUAACUAUAGGUACCAAGCUCUUAGCUAGAUAAUAAUUAACUAUAGUAACAUAUACCAAGAGACCUGAAUAUGAUUGUAUAGUGUUUGUGUCUCCAUGAGGGUUUUUCCUGUGACAACAAACUUAAACCAGCAAUGGUUAAUGACAAAGAUAUUAUUUUUAAUCAAACUUCCCCCAUUACAAGACUUAUACAAAGGUUCUGCACAUUAAGAAACAAAUUAUGUCUCUCAUGCAGAAGGAAUCAGGGCCUAAUGAAGUUUAUUCCAGUAAGUCCAUUGGUCCUAUAGAGUUAUAUAAACAUAACAAGACCCCUUUGAACUUAAGUAUUUCUAACACUUGGGUAGGUUAUACUGUUUAAAGCUAUAAUUAAUAUCACUGAGUACUAAAGGGAAGACAAAGUGAACCUGAAAAAUAAGAGAACAAAGUGUCUAUUUUUUUUUUUAUUAAAUACUAUUCUAUUUUAGUCCAAGGGACUGUAGUUCCCAUUAAAAGGUCGGUUUUCAGUGAUGGUAAAUAAAUUACAGCUAAUCAUAUGUACCACAUAAAUAAAUUGCAUACUAAGGGGUGGGAGGUUAGAGGGAUUAAACAAAAAAGAUUUACUAUUGCGGUCUUUGAAUUUUGUACAUUUGUUUAUACUCGACAGAACCAAUGGAAUUUGAAUUGCAGAAUAAAAUGUAAAAAUGUAGGUAUAAAAAAAAUUGCAUCACUUAAAAUUAACUUUUUGUUUAUAGUUCAUGUUGGUGGAUUUUUGUGAAUAACCAUAACUUGUUAGUCAUGCUGAUUGUAUUGAGGUUAAUUGGCUAUUCUUUUCCUCUUGAUGGAGGAACUCCUAUGUUCUGUUAACUAUGAAGGGAAAGAAAGAUUACCUGUGAGUCCCUCACAUUGGUUCAAACAAAACGAUUGCAUUAGCACAAAUAAUUACAAAUGUUUUACAUCUGUGUCAGCAAAAUGUAUAUUUUUCUAAAAUUCUGCUACCAUUAAGAAUAUACUAUUAUUUGGUAUACAGAAUAAGAUUAAAGAUAGAGAAUAUGUGCAUUGGAUAGACAUGCCUUGUUAGCUGGAAAGUCGACACAUUGACAUUUCCUGUCGUGGCUAGUGUUGCUUAUAUUCAUAAUUGGUGAUAUAAGGUACAAAAUAUUUUCUUAUGUUUUAUAUAUUGUAACAUUUAGAGAUAUAAUAAAGUUAAUGAAAAAUAAAA